AUGGAAUGGCCAUGGAUCUUUUUUACCACACUCAUUCUGGUUGGCUCCUUCUUCGUGCUAAACCUCGUUCUGGGAGUGCUCAGUGGUGAGUUCACAAAAGAGCGAGAGAAGGCCAAGUCCCGAGGAGAGUUUCAGAAGCUGAGGGAAACCCAGCAGUUGGAUGAGGACCUCAAGGGCUAUAUGGAGUGGAUAACUCAGGCUGAGGUCAUGGACAAUGACCAGGAGGCACAGGGCCUGCUCAACACAGAAAAUGGAUCAGAGACGGGAAGUGUCAACAAAAUGGACACCAUGCAGAUGAUCAUCUAUUACUAUAAACUGGCUCGUAAGUGGAAUCGUUGGUUACGCCGUAAAUGCAGAGUGUAUGUGAAGUCCAAACUGUUCUACUGGUGGGUGAUCAUGCUCGUCCUUCUUAAUACGCUGGCCAUCGCAACGGAACACCACAAACAGUCCCAGAGACUCACAAACUGGCAAG